GGAAACAUGGUUCUCUUCGGCUUCCUGUCCGCAGCGGAGGCGACGUCCCACCUAGCCCACAGCACAGUGACCCUGCUGGCCAGCUUGAUGCUCUCCCUGGAGGGGCUUCUGGAGAGCCUGAAGAUGGUGGGCUACCUCCUCAUGCACGUGCUGCUUCGCGGCAAGGCGCACCUGUGUCGGGGGCUUUUGUCGCUGCAGGAGGCGUGCGGCAUCGCGCUCAGCCUCCUGGUCUACCUGAUCAACACCGCAGUCAACUAUGCUUUCAUUGCCACCCUCAACCUCUACUCGGUUGUGAUCUGCGUGUUGCAGACGGUGUCCAGCCCACUGCACAUGGCACUGGAGCUCGCGCCCACCACCAUCACUUUCCUACACAGCAGCUUGGUGGGCACGUUGGCGUUCCUGUGGUCGCCAUGCAAGCUAGUGUUGGACUUCCUGGCGUCGCUGGUGCACAUUUUCAUCAGCAUCUUCAUACUGAACAUCUACGGCCUUUUGCUUGCAAUCAGCAUUGCUCUGACAACCACCGCCUACCUUAACCCAGAACUCACCAGGCAGGCCUUAAGGCGACUUGUGGCUUACGUCAACGCUUUCCCGGCUAUUCACAGACUCCACGCAGUGCUUGUUUUAACGUGGCAGAAGGCAUCUCGUUCGUUAUGUGCCGCCUGGCGACACCUGCACACGAUGUUGUGUUGCCUCCACCUGCUGGAGAGAAGAAUCUGGCAGCGGCUGUCUCGUCACAGCAGCCAGCUGGGCACAGCACUGAGGAUGCAGCUGCACAGGGACAACAACAACAUGGGUAGAGCGCGAGGCGACGGCGAUCCCGGCGAGGGGAUCAGGCGGGAUCCACCUGACGGAAGAGCGGAGGACCAUCCCCACCGGGAACAGCUCGCCCCAACGACCUCCAGCACGGAAAGACCUUUAAAAGCCAACAAACAUUUCAGUCACUCUUCGUCGGAGAAUCUGCUGACGCUUCUGAACGAGCAGGAAGACCAAAAGAAAUGCGUCAUCUGUCAAGAUCGCACCAAGACGGUGGUGCUGCUGCCGUGCAGACACCUGUGCUUGUGUCGUCGCUGCGCCGACAUCAUGCUGCUGCAGCAGGCCAUCUACCAACAUUGCCCGUUGUGUCGUCACAUGAUCCUCGACAUCCUUGAGGUGUACCUCUGAGAGACAUUUUACAACCACUCAAAAUGUGUUUUGCCGCAUUUCUCACUUCAGUCCACUUGUACCGUACUGGACUUGGGUUGACGAGCGCUCACAAUGAGCAUUAAUGUUUUUGUCCUAUCACUUCUACUUCUGUGUAUUACAGCAAAUUCCCUAAUUUGGGGCGGUAUAGCUCGGUUGGUAGAGUGGCCGUGCCAGCAACUUGAGGGUUGCAGGUUCGAUUCCCGCUUCUGCCAUCCUAGUCACUGCCGUUGUGUCCUUGGGCAAGACACUUUACCCACGUGCUCCCAGUGCCACCCACACUGGUUUAAAUGUAACUUAGAUAUUGGGUUUCACUAUGUAAAGCGCUUUGAGUCAUUGGAGAAAAGCGCUAUAUAAAUAUAA